AUGCCGAAUCAGCAACCCUCGCGUCGUGAUUUUGUGAGAACCACCACCGGAAUCGCGGUGGGCACUUCGGUCCCCUACUUCUUCUCGCAGCAACGCACGCUGGCCAACGAGACCCAGUCGAAGAACGACCGCCUGAAGGUGGCCUUGAUCGGCGCCGGCGGCAUGGGGAUGGGCAACAUGGACUCGGCGCGGGACAUGUGCGACGUGGUCGCGAUCGCCGACGUUGAUUCCGGCCGGCUCAACCACGCCAACCAGCGGCUGAGCGGCGGCAAGGCGGACACCUACGCCGACUACCGCGAGAUCCUCCAGCGUGACGACCUCGACGCGAUCCACAUCGCCACGCCGGACCACUGGCACACCAAGCCCCUGAUCGAGGCGCUGCUCGCCGGGCACGACGUCUACUGCGAGAAGCCGCUCACGCUGACCAUCGACGAGGGCAAGCUGAUCCGCAAGGUCGUGAAGGAGACCGGCCGGGUCGUGCAGGUGGGCACCCAGCAGCGCAGCACCUACGACCUGUUUGUCAAAGCCAUCGCGCUGGUGGCCGAGGGACGCAUCGGGAAGAUCAAGAGCAUCGACGUCGCGAUCGGCGGCGCGCCCAAGUCGCCUUCGAUCCCGGUCGUUGACGCGCCGGGCACUCUCGACUGGGACCGCUGGCUGGGGCCGGCGCCGCUGGCCGAGUACCGCCACCUCCGCGACGAGGAGGGCCACACCUUCACCAACUGCCUGUACGAGUUCCGCUGGUGGUACGAGUACUCCGGCGGCAAGCUGACCGAUUGGGGCGCCCACCACGUGGACAUCGCCACCUGGGCGCUGGAAGCCAAUGGGCAGGCGACCGCGCCGCUUUCGGUCGGCGGCGAGGCGUCCCACCCCGUGCCCUUCGAGAACGGGGUGCCGACCGAGAUCGAUCGGUACAACACCGCCACGUCGUUCAACCUCAAGGCGGUCUACCCCGGCGACAUCGAGAUGACCAUCCGCAACGACGGCAACGGCAUCACCAUCGAGGGCGACGAGGGACGCAUCUUCGUCAACCGCGGCCGGCUGACCGGCAAGCCGGUUGAGGACCUGGCCGAGAACCCGCUCCCCGAAGACGCCGUCAGCAAGGUCUACAAAGGCAUGCCGAUGGACUUCAACGAGCGGAAGGCGCACUGGGCGAACUUCUUCCACUGCUGCCGCGAGCGUCAGGACCCGAUCUCGGAUGUCCACACGCACAUGAAGAUGCUCAACGUGUGCCACCUGGCGGGCAUCUCCGCCCGGCUGGGCCGCACCGUCAACUGGGACGCCCAGACCGAGCAGAUCACCGGCGACGAGCAGGCCAACAGCAUGCUGGCCCGGCCGUACCGCGAGGGCUACGCGAUCGAGAUGCGCCAAUCUGGGGGGCAGGCUGGCGCCCGCGAUCAGAAUCGCGCAGCGCGGCUCCCCGGGACGUCCGAGAUGAACAGCGCGUCCGUUUCCCGAUUCGGCGUAGCGGUGGCGAGCGUGGUAAUCUCCUGCUUGGGGGCGCCGGCCUCAGGUCAGUUUGACACGGUCAUCAACGUGCCACCGGAGCUCGUCUCUCCGUUUCUCGAAAUCGGCUCAUCGACACAACUAAAUGUCGCUGAAGGUGGGCAGCUCGCUUACGUCGACGCGGGGACGCCAGAUGGGGUCAGCGCGAAUGUCGAACUGAACAUGACCGGUGGCCUGAUUACCCACGGCGUUCGCGCUUACUCGGGGAGUGUGGUCAACAUCACCGGCGGAGAGCUGCGUCAAGCGGGCGUUACGGCUCACUCGGGAAGCGUGGUGAAUGUCUCGGGAGAUGCCUGGAGCGUCGACCUGCAGGCUGAACAUGGCGCCGUUGUCGAUAUCACCGGUGACGCCUACGUCGGGCGGCUGACGGCGGAGUCGGGGAGCGACGUGCGGGUGAACGGACUUUACUUGGGUGUCGGUUCCACCGCCAGGUCGGGCAGCAGCGUUACCAUCAGCGGUGGCACUCUAGGCGGUCUCUUCACUGCCGAGGCGGGUAGUCGCGUGGAGCUCGUAGGAAACGAGUUCAGGGUCAACGGCGCCGAGUACGCAGGGGCAACGAUUUCCUUGGUCUCGGAGCAGGACGUUUUCUCGGGAACCCUGUCCGACGGCUCACCGUUUGUGUUCAGCGUUUAUGCCCUCGACGUGAUCAACGGCGUCACCCUCACGCGGAUGGAACUCCCGAGCGUCGACCCGACUCCCAUCGUCGUCGACCAGAUCCUCCCCCCGCCGAUCCGCGGCCUGCGGGCCGGGCAAACGCUCACGCUCCGCGCUGGUGGACGGUUACCGGAUGGGUUCACAGCGGUUGGUGCAACGGUCGCCAUCGAGGGGGGAGAGGUUGGGUACGCGGUCGAGGUGAGCGGCGGCGACCUACAGCUGGCCGGCGGCGUCAUCGGCAAUUGGUUUUCCGCGACAGCGGGAGGUCAGGUUCGCGUCAGCGGCGGCACGGUCGGGCUGGGGGCGAGUGUCUCGAGCGGCGCUCGGCUGCUGCUGACCGGCGGCGAGGUGGGAGGCGGCUUCACCGCAUUCGAUGGUGGCGUGGUCGAGGUCCUGGGCGGUGCGUUACGGGGCGGCUUCUCGGCGCGGGCGGGGAGCCUAGUCAGCAUCGCCGGAGGCACGGUGGGCGACGGAUUCGAGGCGGAGGGCGGCAGCCGUGUCUUGAUUUCCGGCGGCGAGGUCGGCGCCGGCUUCGGCGCCGCUCGCGGGAGUGCCGUCAGCAUCAGCGGUGGAGUGAUCGGGACGGGCUUCGAGGCGCAGCGCGGGAGCAGCGUCGUCCUAAGCGGCGGGAAGUAUGUAGAGGGCUUCCGCGCCGAACGCGGCAGCAGCGUCAACCUGGUCGGGCAAGAGUUUCGCUUGGACGGGGCGCCGAUCGAGGGGCUUGGCAUUGGUCGGCCGGUCGUGGUCACAAGUCGAGGUGGGAGGCUAACCGGUGUGCUUGCCGACGGUUCCUCAUUCGGGUUCGACCUCACUCCCGAGGAUGUGCUGAACAACAAGCCGCCGGUCGGAUUCGAUUUCUUCUCCGUCGACUCCCACAUCGCACUGACGCUGAUCUCCGGCCUGCCCGGCGACUACAACAAUGACGGCCGCGUCACCGCGGCUGAUUACACCCUGUGGCAGGAUUCCGUGGGACAGAUCAGCCCCCUGCUGAACGACCCCCACGGCGGCGUCGUGGGCGACCCCCAGCUCGAUGUCUGGCGAGCCAACUACGGGGCGGUGGCCGAAGGGCUCGUGCCAGAGCCGCGGGCAUUGGCGUUUGCGUUGCUCGCCAGCUGUAUGGUGCCCUUGAGACGCACAAGCUAG